ACCAAAAGCGCCGUAGGGCCAGCGUCGACAUUUGGGCGCCUCAACGCCUAAAGAGCGACAACCUUCUCGAGUCCUUAUUGCAGCCAGACAGCCCUCCAACGCCGUCGUCACAGGGGCUCAUCCAGGUAGGCCAGGUGCGCGCCCAUCGCUUUUAAUUGCGCACAACACCCUGGCCUGCGUGGCUUGCCGACCUUUGCUCUCCCCCUCUUUUACGUCUGUUGCCUGCGCCUCCCUCUAGUGUGGCUGGAGCGACGCGGGCCGCAGAAGCGACCCAGUGAGCCAGAAGACCAGAAGUGCCAGACUCGAGACCCCCUCCCUACCACAGAAUCCCGAGGAGCACACCACAUCACCACCGUCAUCCCGAUUGCUCGGACCAGCGCCAUCGCCCGCUCUCCCUAGAUCGGUCUGGCAAUCAAUCCGUCGCGCAGCCGAAUUCGUUUCUGCCCCUCGCCCCGGGCUGCCUCAGCCAGGCCGCAAUCUCGAGGGCGCGCCUCGACCCGAACCGGGCCGACUCCUCGGAUAUGUCUUUCAACAGCGACGGCCGUCGGUACGGCCAUGUGCCACCGGCGCAGUACCCUGUCCCCGGACAGCAGCCUCAGGCCCCCUACGGACGCCGAUCGAGCUUCCACCGCGGCGAUGAUGCCGCCUCCUUCGACGCCCAGAGCAACAACGGGGGCGCAAAUCGCGGCGAGGACGAGCUCUUCCUGUCGAGUCCCACCGCCGAAACCUCGUCGUCUGCCUCGGCCACGAGACCAGGCAGCUACGGCUCCAUCAACGUCGGCAUGGCUGGAUACCAGCACCAGUACCAGACCCCGCCGACCCCGACGACCUACAAUCCCGCCCAGUUCGCCUCGCAGCCCGUGUCCAGCUUUGGGCGCUCACAGAGCACCUCGCAAGUCCCGAGCUCUGGCCGGUUCGGCAACACCCCGACCACGCCCACGUACCUCCCGCAGUCGCCCGCCAACUACACUCCACAAUCAUAUAACCCUGCCGCCUAUGUUGGCACCACCGCGACGAGUGCCGGCGUGCCCCAGCGGCAUCCCACCUACGCUGGCUACAGCAACUACACCCCCUCCUACAAUCCUGCCGCCCCUAUACAGCCAUCGCCCGUGACCUCGACGUCGACAUACAGUCAACAGAGUCUUUCAUCCACCCAGUCGGCAUAUGCGCCCGCGCUCCCCAGCCCCCAGUACGGGACAUUGACGAGCUCUUCGACCAUAUCAUCUCAGGCGAUGACGCCCUAUGACGCGCCGUCUUCGUAUUCAAAUAACAGCUAUUCGUCAGCGAACAACAAUUACUUCAACUCGUACACCAACGGUUCCGUGCAGUCUGCUUCGUCGUACCAUGGCGGCGCACCGCAGCAGACUCCCUACCCCGUCCAGAACAUCAUGCCGGCCGAGCCGGCCUACGCGAGCGAUGCCAUAUACAGCCAUGCCAGGACCAACUCCCACGGCUCCCCCUUACCCUCUCCGCCCGGGCAUGCCCCGCUGUCUCCCUCGGCUCUUCAGAGGCACCCGACCAAUGCCCCACUCCCCAGCCGUCCAGCCAUGGAGAAUGUGCCUGAGGAGCAACAGGAUUGGGACCCCAGCGGCAUGGGCUUUCAGAGUGAUGGUUCGGUAGCCCAGGACACCCUCAUGGAUGAGAUAGAUAGAGACUUGGCCGAGUUGGCAAGCUCCGAGUCGACGACGCGCUCGCACUCGCGCCGCCCGCAGCCCAUCAACGGCAACCUGUCAGAUGACGACCGAAACCGACUGCGACGUUACGAGACAGACAGCGACCCGGAGGGCGCCUUUGGCGUCUACGAGAUGCAGCAGGCGCUCAUGGAUGACCGUAGAUUCAGUGGUGGAAACUCGGGCCCGCACGACCCUGUCACGCCGCCGCCGCCGCUGCCUGCCCCGCCUGAGGAUCUCAGCAUAAGUGACGGCGGGUUCGUCAUGGACCUUGGCCUCGCCAGCGGCGGAUACGCCGGCACGCUAUCCUACGACAACAACAUAGGAUCUCCACCCCAAAGUGCCUCGCUGCCUCCCGAGGGCGGCCGGCCACUACCUACGCCGGGUGCGUCUCAGUACAGUAAUGCCUACAUGGACUACGGCGGGACUGGGGGACUCCAGGCCCCGACGAGGUCACGAAGCUUUGACCAUGGGGCCGAGCAUGUGUCUAUCCGCUCGGGUAGGAGUGGGAGCGAAUCUCCCAUCAAAGACGAGGACUACCCAGACAUGUUUUACCACCCUGGUCUCAGCAAUCGGCCGCUUCCCUCGCUCCCCCCCGGAUCCGACAGCAGCUCGAUGGUGUCGGCCCGCCCCUCGACGCGAUCAGGCUACCAACAGCACGGAUACUCGCAGAGCAUUGACUCGAGGUCGGACGCAUCAACCUUGCCCGGCGCUCAGCUACAGCAGCAGCAGCAGCAGCAACUGCAGGUCGAAAGGUCAAUAUCGCUAUCGAACCACAGCACGACCCCUCACGUCCAGGUGCCAGGGCGCUCGCGUACCGACGCGGCAGACGAGAGGAGGAAAGCCCACCGGAACAUGGCGCAGCAGGUCGCCCAGGGGGCCGGAACCCCGUACGACGGCUACGACACGGGCACGCCGUCGUCCAUGGGAUACGACACCAUCACGCUACCGGCUGGUGGGCGGCGUAAGAAGUUCGUUCCGUCCAAGUUGAGUGCGGGCGACAUCCGGCGGUGCGCGGAGCCUUGGGCCCUCAGCGGCAUCGCGGCUUGGAUCCGCGAGAUGGCCGAGGGCGAGCCGGACCUGAAGCAAAAGACCAUCGAGGAGGGCCUGGUGAAGCUGUUCAGCACAAAGGUGCCGACGAUGAACGUGGCAGACGCCGAGACGCUGGCAGCCGACGCCUUCAGCUCGAUGCUGGAGGCUGGCAUAAUGGUGCGCGAGGAGGAAUGGGUCAAGUUUGGGCCUGGCUCUAUCUCGGGUGUGCUGUGGCAGCUGACAGGUAGCGGAUGCUACUCGCCCAAGCUGCACGAGGACGAGAUCCCGGGCCGCUGCUACUCGCACCACUGCACCAGGACGCUCAAGAAGGCGAACCUGGACGACCUCAUGUCGGAGGAGUCGACAAAGAAGCUGGGCUGGGCCGAGAUGUUCCACGUGACGGCGGAGCAGGUAGCGCAGCGGCCCAAGAAGGAGACGGAGCGACAGAACAUCCUGCACGAGAUCGUGCAGAGCGAGGAGGAGUAUAUGAACCAGCUCGAGGUGCUGCGAGUGCUGUACAAAGAACAGCUCCGGGCAUGGGAGCCACCCAUCAUCACGCCCAGCCGACGCGACAAGUUCAUCCACAGCGUCUUCGGACACGCGGACGCGGUGCAGCAGACGAACAAGGAGAACCUGCUGGCGCAGCUCAAAUACCGCCAGAACGAGCAGGGCCCCUGGAUCACUGGCUUCAGCGACAUCUUCCGAGAGUGGAUCCGAAAGGCCAAGGAGCCCUACAUCGCCUUCUCGGCCGCUUACCCCUUUGCGGUUCAUAACGUGCGCCGCGAGGCGGAGCGCAACCUGCUAUUCCGGCAAUUCCUCGACCAUGUCCGGAGCCACAAGCGGUCGGAACGUCUGGGCUGGGACACUUUCCUCAAGGCGCCCAUCACGCGGCUGCAGCGGUACGGCCUGCUGCUGUCGACGGUGCUCAAAAACUCGACCAAGGAGGACGACGAGAAGGCCAACCUUGCCAAGGCCAUUGAGGAGAUCCACUUGGUCACGCUCGAGUGCGACAAGCUGGUCGACGAGAUGACCAAGAAGGUCAAUUUGGUCGAGCUCCAGUCGGCACUGGUACUCCGCCCGGGCUUCCAGUCCAAUCUGCAACUAGACGCCGCCGGCGCCAUGGCCCACGAGCUGCAAAUGUCGGGAGACCUGCAGAGGAUGGGCUCCAAGGGCGUGCGCUGGGUAGACACGCACGCCUUCUUGUUUGACCACUACUUCAUCCUGGCCAAGGUGAUCCAGUCGGGCAGGGAUGGGAGGACGGAGAAGAAAUACGACGUAUCCAAAGAGCCAAUCCCCAUGCCUCUGCUAUUCCUCGAGAGCAUGAACGACGACCCGGUUUCCAAGCAAAAAGGCAUCACGGCCCCCCUCGCGCGGACGACGGCGGCGACGUCCGGGACGCAACUGAGCAAGGUAGCAUCUAACGGAACCGACCGACCAUCGCUGGAGCACACGGCCACGACGUCUUCGGUGGGUUCUUUGAGCACAGCAUCGCGGCUGGGGACGCCGGGGCUGGGCGAUACAGGAAAUAUCCUGUAUCCGUUCAAGGUCAAGCACCUGGGCCACGAGGUGUACACGCUGUACGCGACGUCGGCUCAGAACCGGCAGGAGUGGUGCAACAAGAUCAUCGAGGCCAAGACCAAGAGCGCGCGGGGCUUGCACGCCCAGAACGCGGAGCCGUUCCGGCUGCGGGUGCUGGCGGAUAGCGCUUUUGCUUACGACUCCCUCUCGGCCAUGGGCAGGACGGCCGGGGUGCCGAUCCGGGGCACGCCGCUGGACCGGGCGAUCCGCGAUAUGGAGCAGGAGUACGGGCCGGGGCGGGGGCCGUCUGCGGUGUGCCGGGCGCAGGUCAACUGCGCGGCGUCCUUCACAGCGUUCGGCAAGUCGGUGACGGCCAUCGGAACCGACUUUGGCGUCUACAUCUCUGAGGCAAACAGUCCGCGCGGAUGGACGCGGUCGGUUCAGGCCAGCCGGGUGACGCAGAUGGCGGUGCUCGAGGAGUUCUCGGUGUGCCUGCUGAUCGCGGACCGGUCGCUCGUGUCGUACCCGCUGGACGUGGUGGCGCCCGUGUCCAGCUUCCCGGCGCCGGCGCACGAUAACCCACGGCGGGCGCCUGUGCGGCUGGCCAAGGACGUGUCCUUCUUCGCAACGGCGCGCAUGAAGGACCGCAUGUUGGUCUUUUUCAAGCGCAAGGAGGGCAUGCAUAACACCUUCAAGGUGCUCGAGCCGGUGUUCCAGAAGUCGACAGAGAAGAAGACGCGGCUGUUUGGCGGUCGGCGCGGCGGCUCGGGCAACACCGAGUACUUUAGGGACUUUGACGAGUUCUACCUGCCGACCGAGUGCUUCUCGCUCAACCUACUGCAGACCUACAUCGCGGUGGCGACGGCCAAGGGCUUCGAGCUACUGACGCUGGACAAGAAGCAGACCAUGUCGGUGCCACGCGACCUGACGACGCCGGCCAUCGCGGGCAUCGCGCACCGCAUCCGCGACCAGAGGCCCCUGGGCAUGUUCAAGCUCAACGACCAGGAGUUCCUGUUGGCCUACGAGGACUGCGCAGUCUACAUGGACAAGCACGGCGAGGUCUCGCGCACGCUGGUCAUGGAGUACUCGGGCAAGCAGAAGAAGGCGCACUCGGCCACCAUGUUUGGCCAGUACCUGCUGCUGUUCAACGAGGACUACGUCGAAGCCCGCAACGCCGAGAACGGCCGUCUGCGCCAGAUCAUCGCCGGCCGCGACGUGCGAUGCCUCGACUACGGCUACCGCGGCCCCACGGGCAUGAACCCAAGCGGGCCUGGCGGCGGCGCGGGACCCGCCCCUCACCAACAGCAGCCCGCGCCUUACGGGCCGGGGGCCGGGGCCGCCGGGCAAGCCUCCAGGGGCACCGUCAAGAUCUGCAUGUCGCAUCCAGAGGUGCCUGGGCAGCAGAUUGUGCUCGAGCUGCUGCUCAACGACGGCCACGUUGAGAGGUAGUAGUCCGAGGCGGAUUGGCUAUGCUUCCGACAAGAUGAGUGGAAGAGACGAGGAGCGAAAAAUACCAAGGGUUUUGAACACUACGCGACAAUGACUGGCCAGGGACUUGACAUGUUUCAGGAUAGCGAACCUGAGGGGAGGGGAUGCAAGUCAUGAUUGUGCAGGAGGUAUAUAGGCGCAUGUUUUCUGCGGAUAAGUCGGCCGGGAUGGCUGCGAUUCAGGAUGACGAUGUUGGGUUGGUUCCGUUUGUGGUUUCCGUCGCCUUUCGAGGGCCCCCGUUUCUCCCUUGUUCCAUUAUUCUUAACACUAUAUCUUUCUUCUUCUUGCCAGUUGGCUGGUUGACCGGACAAGGGGCUGGCGCGCGGAUGAGCGACCUGUUUCCCCCCUCCAUUUAUUAUACCUCUUAUCUUCUCGUCUCGCAGUCCUUCUCAUAUCACAACGUUUUCUGUCUUCCAUAUCCUGGCGGGGCGCCACACCAAGGCUGGCUAUCGCCACGAAUUUAGCCAAGAGAUACCAAGUAAAUGAUACCAUGUUAACAGCCGA